CGUUUUCUAAAUUUCGUGUUUGAUAAAACUCCAAAGAUCAUGCAAUGGCAUCAAACGCUUGCAAACUUCUUUGCCUUGUUCUCUUCUUAGCAUUCGUUAACCAAGGGUAUGGAGAUUGUAGUCUAAAUUCCCUAUCUGUGAAACAAUCGAAAACCGGAAAAUUGGUUCAGAACAAACCGGAGUGGGAAGUGAGAGUGACGAACCCUUGCAACAAUUGCAAAUUCCAGAACACAGAGUUGUUAUGUGUCGGUUUCAACUCAGUUACACCCAUCGAUACCUCGUUGUUGCUGAAAUCUGGUGACGCGUGUCUCGUCAACGCUGGUAAAUUCAUAGUUCCUCACGUGGACAUCGUUUUCAAAUACGUUUGGGACACAAGCUUCGACCUCAAGGUUAUCGACGGCGUUAUGGUUUGCUAUUAAAUGUUCUAACCAAAUUCUUUUGGUUUAAUUCGGUUUUGGUUCAUGUUAUGAAACUGAUGAUAUUUACUUAAAUGUUGUCCGGAUCAUUAGCUUAAGGAUUAAUAAAAGAUGUUUGCUUCA